UGCUGCGGGAGCUGCGGGUGCUGCGAGAGCCGCGAGAGCCGUGUGUGCUGCGGGAGCUGCGGGUGCUGCGAGAGCUGCGGGAGCCGUGUGUGCUGCGGGAGCUGCGGGUGCUGCGAGAGCUGCGGGAGCCGUGUGUGCUGCGAGAGCUGCGGGAGCUGUGAGAGCUGCGGGAGCUGUGGGCGCUGCAGGCACCGUGUGUGCUGCGGGUGCUGCGAGGACUGUGGGUACCGUGUGUGCUGAGGGUGUUGUAGGUGCUGGAGGAGCUGCAGGUGCUGCAGGCAGUGCGGGUGCUGUAGAUGCUGCGGGCGCUGUGCGUGCUGCAGGCACUGCAAAUGGUGCAGGCAGUGUAGGCGCUGAGGGUGCUGAGGGCACUGUGCAUGCUGCGGGCGCUGCAAGUGGUGCAGGCAGUGCAGGCACCGCGAGCGCUGCGUGAUGGCACCACGGGCGCUGCAGGCGCUGUGGGCUCUGCGGGUGCUGUGGGCGCUGUGGGUGCUGUGGGUGGGCGGGCGCGGGCUCGAGCUGUCGGGGCCAGAGGGCCCACGGGGCCGCGCGGCGCGGUGCCAGCCUGUGGACAUCCCCAUGUGUCGCGGCAUUGGGUACAACCUGACCCGCAUGCCCAACCUACUGGGCCACGAGAGCCAGCGCGAAGCUGCCCUCAAGCUGCACGAGUUCGCACCGCUGGUGGAGUACGGCUGCCACGUCCACCUGCGCUUCUUCCUCUGCUCGCUCUACGCGCCCAUGUGCACCCACCAGGUGAGCGCCAGCAUCCCCGCCUGCCGCCCCAUGUGCGAGCAGGCCCGCCACAAAUGCGUCCCCAUCAUGGAGCAGUUCAACUUCGGCUGGCCCGACUCGCUCGACUGCGCCAAGCUGCCCACCAAGAACGACCCCAAUGCCCUCUGCAUGGAGGCUCCCGAGAACGCCUCGGCUGCCGAGCCCCACAAGGGACAGGGGAUGCUGCCUGUGGCGCCGCAGCCCUGGCCACCAGGCACUGCCGGGGGACGGGGCCCCAGUGGGCUCGGGGCCUGCGACAACCCCGAGAAGUUCCAAUAUGUGGAGAAAAGCCUCUCCUGCGCGCCCCGGUGCUCCCCCGGCGUGGAUGUCUACUGGUCCCGGGAGGACAAAGACUUCGCCUUCAUCUGGAUGGCUGUCUGGUCCACCCUCUGCUUCGUCUCCACCGCCUUCACCGUCCUCACCUUCCUGCUCGACCCCCACCGCUUCCAGUACCCCGAGCGGCCCAUCAUCUUCCUCUCCAUGUGCUACAACGUCUACUCCAUGGCCUUCAUCAUCCGCUCGGUGGCAGGGGCCGAGAACAUCGCCUGCGACCGGGAGAACGGUGAGCUCUAUGUCAUCCAGGAGGGGCUGGAGAGCACAGGCUGCACCAUUGUCUUCCUCAUCCUUUACUACUUUGGUAUGGCCAGCUCGCUCUGGUGGGUCAUCCUCACCCUCACCUGGUUCCUGGCCGCUGGGAAGAAGUGGGGACAUGAGGCCAUCGAGGCCCACAGCAGCUACUUCCACAUGGCCGCCUGGGGCAUCCCAGCCAUGAAGACCAUCGUCAUCCUCACCAUGCGGAAGGUGGCGGGAGAUGAGCUCACAGGGCUUUGCUACGUGGGGAACAUGGACGUCAGUGCCCUGACUGGCUUUGUCCUUAUCCCCCUCUCCUGCUACCUGGUCAUCGGCACCUCCUUCAUCCUUACAGGCUUCGUCGCCCUCUUUCACAUCAGAAAGAUCAUGAAGACGGGUGGCACCAACACGGAGAAGCUGGAGAAGCUGAUGGUGAAGAUCGGCGUCUUCUCUAUCCUGUACACUGUCCCGGCCACCUGUGUCAUCAUCUGCUACUUCUACGAGCGGCUGAAUGUGGAUUACUGGAACCUCAGGGCGCUGGAGCGCGGUUGCCUGCACCUCCCUGGCCGGCGUGCCGCCAACUGCUCCUUGGAGGCCUCAGUGCCCACUGUGGCCGUCUUUAUGUUAAAGAUUUUCAUGUCGCUGGUGGUGGGCAUCACCAGCGGGGUGUGGGUGUGGAGCUCCAAGACGCUGCAAACCUGGCAGAGCCUUUGCAACAGAAAGCUGGGUGUGAGGACGCGGGGCAAGCCCUGCAGCGGGGUGAGCUGCGGCGGGGUGCACUGCCACUACAAGGCCCCCACGGUCAUGCUGCACAUGACCAAGACGGACCCUUAUCUGGACAACCCGACACACGUUUAGAGCCGGGGGGUGCUCCCUGUCCGGGGACAGGACCUCACGGGUAAGGGGCGAUGCUGCGGGGCGAGGGCAGAGGCUGGGGGGGCAAAGCCUGCGGGACCCCCUCCCAGCACCACUCAACCCUGACGAGUAGCUGCUUUUUCCUAGAGGUUGUUUUCUUGUUGCUGUUGCCAAAAGCAGCGACUCUUCUAAUGCUUUCUUUGGGGUGGCCAGGAGGGGAAUAAUCCAGUCAGUGUUUAUUUAAUUCUGUAAUUUAUUUUAGAUUUUUUUAGGGUUUUUUUGUUUUUUUUUU